GGCGUGUUGAAACGAGGAGUCCUUGCGCUUUUCACCAGAAAGCCCGGAAUCAGAGCGAGCGGCCAGACAGUGGCUUUUCCGCGUUGUAGCGGCUCUGCGCAAAAGGGGAGAGCGGAACCCAUGACAGACGAGCAGGGAGAGACAUGUUGCUACAGAUAGCUGGGUUUUUCUCAGGAGCAGCACGGGGAGAGGGGAUUCGACAAUGAAAGCAGUAAUCCCCUUGAACACAGCAAUUGAUCGGGAAUUGCAGUUAAUCGCGGAGGUGAGCCACGACCGCUCGUCAGCCAUCGUUUAGUGGGCAAAACUCAAGGCAGACCUCCCGUCAAUGACUAUUGUGGCAGAAAAGCCCCCACGGUGGAGUCAGCCAGAGCUGCGCUUUCCCAAAAUAUGACCAGCGGUGCUUGGAAGUGUCGGCAGCGAGAUGACGGCUUAAAAAUUUGGUGUGCUCCCCGCGAGAACGAGAAGCCAUUCACCGACUCCGAGAGGGCCCAGCGAUGGCGAUUGUCCUUAGCGUCCCUCUUAUUUCUAACCGUUCUGCUUUCUGAUAAUCUGUGGUUCUGCGCCGAGGCCAAACUGACAAGGACCCGAGACAAGUUCGCUUCAGUGGACAUGAGCGCAAACCACAGACCCGACCUCCCUUCAACACACAGCAGCCUCAGAAGAAAUGAAGAUGCUAAUUUUGUAGUCAAUUCUACCAAACCUUUGUGGCAACUAGAAACUUGCCACCCGGAUGGUUUGUCUGAAAACUGCUUCACUUUUGUCGACGCUGACCACUUGUGCAGGGGCCUUUCGGAAACGGAGGGGACGCGGUGGAUGAACAUAAGCGAUUUGUACCUUUCUUUUUGUAAUUCGUACUCUCUUAUGGAUUUGCUUUAUGGAUCAUUAAGUCCGGACAAUUUGAACUGCAGCCUUGACGUGAUCGUGGAUGGCGACCUAAACAGGUGCAGUCUGUGCGUUCAGGCGUACCAGCGUUAUGACCUGCACGCGCAGGAGAAAUAUGAGGAAUUUGAGAUGAUGGCAGACAAAUACGAGACGGAUGUGUACUCAGUAAGGACGUGCAUGGAAGAAUGCAAGGCUGUCUACAAGCCCUGGCUCUGCACUCAGUAUUUCCAGAGUCCUCAGUCAGGCUGCAGUUAUAAGAUUCCCUGUGAGCAAUACUGUCUUGAGGUCCAGCAGAGGUGUCCGUUCAUAUUGCCUGACAAUGAUGACCUUAUACAUGGUGGUACUCCCAGUUUUAUAUGUGCAGGGUUCAAACCAGACAUCAACCAGGAGCCAGAGUGCUGUGAUGUGCGGUGGGACCAGAAGUCCAACAACCGCUCCCGGGGCACUUUAAAAAGAACUCACCCUUCCUGCCAGCACACAUCCGUGACCUCAUCGGGGGGUCCACGGCUCGGGCAGGGCCGGCUGAAACUUUGCUUGCUGGUCCUAGUUCUUCUCCACACUGUGGCUACCAUGACAGCCAAUCAGAACUCGACCUGCCUGACUGGCAUCUUUCCACUGGAUGACAACGCCCCGAGAGAAGAGUGAUUGAAUGAAGUUGGGCUGGACAACUCCAGUGCAUCCACAUGCUUCAACACAUCUUGCUUCGGGCUUGUCAGUAAAGAAGCACCUCGCUCAGAGAAAAGUUGAGUGUACCGGCUCUAAGUGAGGCUAACAUUCUCAACCAGAGAACACUUCACCACACUUGUCAUCAGCACCUUGUGGGGUUUGGGGAAAACAGUGAACAGGACACAAGACAAAAGAUAAGCAUAAUAUGAAGAGUCAGAACAUGCCCCUACAGAGACUUCUCACUCUCUUCUGGAACACACAUUGUGACACACA